GUUAUGCGUAUCCACCGUCAUUAGUGACAACUUCCUGCAAGGCCGUGGAUUUUAUACAGGAUAAGACACAAAUAUCUUGACACUGGAUUAAGACCUACAAAUGUCAUACAAUGGCAUGCGAGGGAAGUUCGUGUUGUUCCUGUUGUUCGAUAUGUCACAGAAAAUGGGAAUCUUUGAUAGAGAAUGCAUUUGGCAGGCUCGGUUCUUUCAUUUCAUCAUAUUCCGUGAAAAUAAUGAUCGUGUGUAUUGUUGUCAACUUGCUUCUGACCAUUGGAAUCAUGAAUAUAGAAGUCGAAAAUGAUGUGGAAACACUCUAUACUCCGAUGGAUAGUCAAGCAAUAAAAGACCGGUCUGUAUUACGAAACCUAUACGGAGAUUCCACGAACAGUAGUUUUCGUUCUUACCAACUUUCAGACUUUGGACUGUAUGGCGAUGUAAUGAUUCUCUCUAAAAAUAAGACUACAAUAAUGAGCCAAGCCUAUGUUGAUGAAAUAAACAACAUCAAUAUUAUAAUCAGAAACACUAUAAUUGUUAGCGAUUCCUCUGGACAAACCUAUACUUAUGAUGAUCUGAGUGCAGGUUCGAAUCCUAACGAAGGAAUCGCUAGUGUUGUUGUACUAUUGAAUACAUUUCAAGACAAUUUCAUAAUCCCUAAUAUAACCUACCCAGUUUAUGGGGAAUAUAUCUUGUCGCCUUUUCUUGCGCAUGCAGGUUCUGCUAGCGGAAUGUUAAAUUCUGCAAUUGGAGUAAAAUUGCAGUACUAUCUUCGACAAAGUCAGACAAGUGUAAAGGAACUUUCAAAGAAAUGGGAAAAGGCAUUUGUUACCAAAAUGGAAAACCUGCAAACAAAUCUAACAGAUAUUGCCUACACAUCCUCAGAUUCCCUCGGAACAGAAUUGGACAAAAACACAAAUAGCGACAUAAAAUUUUUCUCCGUUACGUUUACGCUCAUGAUGACAUACGCAUCUAUUGCUUCGUUGACCAUCAAUUGCAACAAUGUAGCUAAUCGUAUGAAUUUAGGAAUAGCAGGUGUCAUUGCCCCCGUGUUGGCCAUCGCCUCAGCCUUCGGAUUUGUGAGUGCAAUUGGAGUGGAGUUCACCAACAUCGUUGGUGUAAUGCCGUUUUUGGUUGUCGGGAUUGGUAUAGAUGAUAUGUUCAUCCUCAUGUCCGGAAUGGCGGACGCCCCACCUCUGUCUGAAGUAUCCAUUAAACAAAGAGUGAUCUUCAUGAUGCAGAAGGGCGCAGUUGCCAUAACGAUUACGUCACUGACAGAUUUGCUGGCUUUUGUCGUUGGAGCAUCGUCGGUAUUCAAAAGUAUUCGGAAUUUCUGCAUUUACACAGGUGUGUCGGUGUUCUUUUGCUAUUUAAAUCAACUUUUCUUUUUGUGUCCGGCUAUAACGAUUAAUGAACAUAGAACGAAGGGGAGCAAACAUUUCUGUUGUUCUUGUAAAACUGUAAAACCGAGAAACCAAUAUGAAAAUAAGUCGAAAUGUUUUCUCUUAUGUGUUCCUGGAUUGCCCCCUGAGACGAGACUUGAUGUGGAAAGUCCAAUGGAAAAAUAUCCCAAAAAGUUUAUCCUUUUCAUUUUAAAUCAUACUAUCGGGAAAUUUGUCGUCGUUGUUGUAUUCCUCGCUUACCUAAGUUCUUCAAUAUAUGGAUGUGUAAAUCUUCAACAAGGCCUUCAGCUAUUCAAUUUAGUUUCAAAAGAUUCCUAUUACUACAAGUAUAGUGUGUGGGACGAAAAUUAUUUCACCACUGAACCAAUGAUUACGCUUUGUGUGACUUCAGAACAGGAAUACCACAGGAGUGAAACACGAAAUCUUAUAAAUUCUGUGUUAUCCAAGACUAAAUUGGACAGUUAUAUUGAUGACAAUGUUGAGAUAAAUUGGCUUACAAGUUACAAGCAAUCUGCACAUUAUAAUGCCGCCACCGAAUCAAAUUUUGUUAGUGGUCUGAAGGACUUCUUGGCGACACAGAGUGGACAAUCCUUUGAAAACGACAUUGUUUUUGAUUCUUCUAGAAGCAAAGUGCUGUCAUCCAAAUUUUAUGUUAAGGCAAAUAAUAUGAAAACAUCAAAUGAACAAGGGGAUUUCAUGAAACGUAUGAGGGAAAUCACGGAGAAUACAGCACUUCCCUGUAUACUCUAUACCCCGGCUUUCGUUUUCUUCGAACAAUACGUACAAAUCAUGCCUAGUACUCUCCAAACUCUGGGUAUUGCAGUUGCUGCAAUGCUGAUCGUAACGUUUAUAUUCAUGCCCAAUUUGCGAGUCGUUGCCAUUGUAUGCAUCACACUUAUCAGCAUCCUGUCCGGAAUAUUGGGUUUUAUGUACUACUGGGAUCUGACAUUGAGCUCAAUAACUAUGAUUCAUUUGGUAAUGAGUGUAGGGUUUUCUGUCGAUUUCAGCGUCCACAUUUGUCACGCCUUCAUGUCUGUUGAGGGAAACAGUCGCGACACAAUCCUAAAAAACGCUAUUGAUAGAUCCGGUGGCCCUGUCGUCAACGCGGCUUUUUCCACGCUAUUGGGGAUACUGAUGCUUGCAUUUUCCAGUAGCUACAUUUUUCAAUCUUUCGGUAUCCUGAUGUUUUUGGUAAUUGGAUUCGGACUGAUACAUGCGGCGUUCUUUCUUCCUUUAUUACUAUAUGCAUUGUUGCCCUGCUUUCACACUAUAGACUCUGGAAGAGUAAUCGAUUCGUCAGUCGAUUCUAGGUCCCAAAGAGCUUCGUCAGGAGUAUUUUGGUCAUCAUUUGACAACGAUAAAAAACAUAAGGAAACACCGAUUGAUAAGCAAACAUCUUCUAUGAAUGGAGAUAUACCGGUAUCUCAAACAAGGCCUUUACCAAAACCUUUACCAAAACCAAACUCGUCGAGACCUAACAGUCGUUCUCAACAUGAUGAAAACAUUCCACAAGGCAUAGUUAAAGAUAUCGGUGAUGGGUAUAAGAUGUACCAACCUCACAAAAAUCACGCAUCUUGAGCAAAACAAUAUAUAACAUCCAUUUAAAGUUUGACAAUAUUUUGUUUAUAUAUUAAAUCAAAGUAUAUCCACCGUACCUCUUUUUAUGUAACAUUUUGUUUAAACUGUCUACACUUCAUAUUGCCAUUUCCCACUGGUUGAUAUUCAAACACAAAGAAUCAUAGAGUGAGGAUAUGAACAUUGCUCUUAAUAAAGCGCAGCAAAUUUAACAUAUAUUUGAUUGAUAGCUUUUAUAUUGUUUAACGUCCCUCUCGAGAAUCUUUCACUUAAAUGGAGAUGCAAAAUUUAAGUCUUUGCUCAACGCUCACGACUUUUCACAAGGGAUGGAUCUUUAUCGUGCCAUAUUUGCUCUGACAGCGGACCUCGGUUUUUGAGGUAUCAUCUGAAGGACCACCUUAUAUAGUUGCCUCUUACAACAACCAAGAGGUUCUGAUGAUAUAUUCUAACUCGGACCCCCCCCCCUGGGAUUAUUUAACAUAGAGAUGUAGGAGAAGCGAUAAAUCAUAAUCGUGAUUAUACUUCAAAGUGUGUAUCAACUCAUAUCGAUUCAAGUUUGACAUGCAUGCAAUCAGGUACACUUAAAGAGUUUUACGUACAGUUUGUACAAUCAAUUUAUAAAUAGUUUUGAAUGUAGACCCUACAGAAAAACUAUGGUGGGGCAAUAGUAAACGUGCGAAGUAUACUUAUGUCUUUUAAUCAUUUUGAUGUUAGAUGUAUUGCAACUUUUAUUCAAAACAAUUAGAUAAAUGGGUAUAUUUAUUCCUCCUAGGUACGCGAUCCAACCUCUGGUGUGUCCAGGGAUCCGUGUUUUCCAUACUAUUAAGUUUGGUAUUCUUGAUAGGAUUGAUGAGAUUAAACAUAUCUGGGUUUUUUUUAGUAAGGGUAAGAAAUCUACAUCUUGAUACUGGUGAAAUAGCCUAACACUUUUAUGGCUGUAUUCUGAGUAUUCGAUACAAAUUACCUGGACGUGUAUAAUAUAUAUAUAUAUAUAUAUAUAUAUAUAUAUAUAUAUAUAUAUAUAUCCAUGGUUGAUAA